AUGGAAGACGAAAUAAACGUCCACUCACCUCGACCCACCACCCGCCAACGCAAGAAGAUAUCCAAUGCGUGCAUAGGCUGUCGCAACCGCAAGACUCGCUGCUCAGGGCGGCAUCCGUGCGAGAGGUGUGUAAGCCGCAAAGAAACGUGUGCUUACGAAGAAAAGGAGAGGAAAGCGGCUGUCCCUGUCGACUAUCUGGAUCGCCUCCAUGCCCGGAUCAAAUCACUCGAAACACAGCUACAGGAAGCCAGAAACUUACCCGCAGAUGGCUCUUCAUCACACCGUGACGAUCAAGAGAACCGUCACCCUUCAAGGGACUCGUCGGAGGAUCUGCAAGGCAACCCCGAACGGCCAACAUCGUACUCAGAUUCAGAAGGACUUACCAAUACACUGGUAACAUCCGAGCCACAAAUAAAAGUCCAUCGCUACGGCCAUGCGGCUUACCUCGGCCACAGCUCAACCCUCAGCUUCAGCCGAAACGUACGCAACCUGCUACAACGAUCAUCUCCAAUUGCAGACCCGGGCAGCGUGUCUGUAGAGCGCCAAGAUGUAUCAUACACAACUGCCUUGCCAUCAAUUGCGCUUGAUCUCACCAGCAUCUCGCUGCCCCGCCUAUCAUACGCUGAAUACUUGACCAACACUGUUGUUUUGCACACCGGCUCGCUCUAUUCUCUCUUUGAACCAGCUUCAUUCCUCCAGAGAUUAAGGGACUUCUAUGAUGGACGUGCCAAGGGUGUUGUUCCGGACGCAAGCCUCUGGCACAUCCAGAUGCUUCUGGUAUUGGCGUUCGGUAAGUCGAUACUCUCAAGGGAACAUUCAGAAAUUGGGCCAUCCGGAAUGACCUAUUUUACCCGCGCUAUACAGGGGAUGCCGGAUAUUCGCAGGCUUUAUGAGGACCCUCUGCUGUCAAUUGAGAUCUUGUGUCUGGCAUCCCUGUUCAUGCAUGCUAGAGACCUAUUGCAAGAAGCCUACGUUAUUAUCGGACAAGCGCUGCGUAUUUCUGUCACUAAAGUCAUGAACAAGCUCUUCCCCGAGGCGCUGCGACCGCCAAAUGUUGAGUAUCAGAGGAGACUCUGGUGGACCGUAUACUGCAUCGACAGGAAGAGCGCUGCCAUGCUUGGAAGCCCUUCAAUCAUGCGAGAUGAAGAUAUUUCUAUCCCUUUUCCUGAGAUAAGAAAGGGAGACGAAGCGCAGAAUACCUAUGCGAUUCAUGCGACUCUGUCGUCCCACCUUGGGAAGAUACUUGAUGUCAUUUACGGAGUCCAUGACCAACAACAGAAGAACUUCCUCGUUGAAGUGAAGACGAUUCUUUCGCGCCUCGCCGAAACAUCCGUUGUCCUCCGGGAACAUCUACAUUUAGACAUCCAGCAACCCGGCCAGUCGGUUUCUCGCGACGCUGCCACCUUGCAUCUACUACUUCACCAGUGCGUCAUCCUGACCGUCCGACCGGUUCUAUUCUCCCUUCUAAAGCCUCUACUGAGUCCGGAUGGGGUCGAAGGCAGCAGCCGCCGUUCGUCUGCCCCCCUUGAGUCUAUGCUGCGGAUGUGCAUUGAGUCAGCGGUGCAUAUCCUCAAAAUAAUGUCAAUUCUGAAACAUCAGAUGAUGUGUGACGUUUUCCUGCCGUACGACAUUGACGCACUAUUCUCCGCAGCUUUCGCACUUAUCCUGAUUGACAUUAUCAGACCAGCGAAUGAACUCCUCUGGGAUCUGCCUCAAGUGAUGAGCCUGUUGGACGAAUACGUCUCGAGGCAUGUCGCCCCAGCUCAAGCUUACCGGUCAGAUCUUCUGCAGCUCCUUGAGCUACGCGCCAAGAUUCGUGGGGUGGAGGGCACACACCAGUUGCAUACAGGGGAUGCCAUUGACGUUAGUCCAAUCCCAGAUUUGGCUGGGUAUGCCAUCGCCUAUCCAGCCCCAACGGGCAUAUCGCCGGAUCCAGUGUGGUCGCGUAUUCGCCACGGCAACGACAAUAUCGCGCCAGCACACCCAGAGGCGAUUCUGUGGGCGAUAGAUGACCUUGAUGUCGAGGGGACUGACAUGCUUGAUGCUGCUAUGCUCGAAGGCGGGUGGAUGUGGGAGUUAGACGAUCUAUCGGCAGGUUUGUAG